UUAAAUCACAUCACAUCACACACACACUCUAAUACACUCACUCAUACAAAGAAACACACACACACACACACAGACAAGCUCCAGACGUGAGGCACAGAGUGUCAACCUUAGGGUGCAGGGUGAGAGACAUGGAGCUGCACACAGUGUGUGUUCUCCUCCUGCUGGCGGUGUAUGUGGGAGCAACACCUGAUCGAUACUACAGCAAGAAACACCAGUCCUAUUCUGUUAAGGGCCAGGAUCUUUCAGGUGCUCCAGGUCUCCCUGGUGAACCUGGACCCCCCGGCCCACCUGGUCCCCCUGGUCCCCCAGGAAUGAGUGUGAUGGGUCAUGAGGGACCAAGGGGACCUCCUGGACCACCUGGGCCAUCGGGAUAUUCUGCACCUGGUAAGCCUGGAAGCCCUGGUGCCCCAGGAAAACCAGGUGAUAAUGGAAUGCCUGGAGAAAGAGGACAUACUGGACCUGUAGGACCCCAAGGGGCAAGAGGAUCUCCAGGAGCCCCUGGAAGCCCAGGGCCUGCCGGUUUCUCUGCUCCUGGAAAACCAGGACCUCAUGGUCUGCCUGGGGCGAUGGGGCCAAGAGGAGAAUCUGGUGCAAAAGGACUUCCAGGAACUCCAGGUCUACCUGGACAAAAAGGUGAACCAGGUCACGGUGUGCAAGGACGACCUGGUGGACCUGGCCCAAUGGGUCCAGUGGGUCCUCCUGGUCAGUCUGGUCCACCAGGUAUUGGAAAGCCUGGUGCAACUGGAUACCCUGGGGAACCUGGAAAGCCAGGUAUGCCAGGUAGAGAUGGGGCGACAGGCCCCAUGGGUGCACAAGGCCCAAAGGGACACACAGGUGCUCCGGGUAUAGGUGCACCAGGUAAACCAGGUCAGAAUGGUGCUCCAGGAUUGCCUGGCCCAAUGGGACAUAAAGGUUUGCCAGGACCAUCUGGACAACCUGGAGCUAGUGGUAUUUCCAGUGCUGGAAAACCUGGAGCACCUGGAAUUCCAGGAAACAGAGGUGCACCUGGUAGUUCAGGUGCACCAGGCCAGAAGGGAGAGGCAGGUGCAAUAGGUUUUACAGGUCAUCCAGGUGCUGUUGGGCCUGCAGGUCCAACUGGUCGACAAGGUGAUAGGGGAUUUCCAGGGGAAACAGGUCCACACGGACCUAAAGGUGAUGCUGGUAUAACUGGGGCACCUGGUGCAAAAGGUCAAAAGGGAGAUCAGGGACCACAGGGCUUUACAGGCAAAUCAGGUGUUCCAGGGGCACCAGGUCCACAUGGUCCACCUGGAGCUACAGGAUAUCAGGGUCCCAAAGGUGAGCGAGGCUACACUGGGGCACCAGGCAGUCCAGGACCUAUGGGUCCAACAGGAAUGAAAGGCCAUACUGGUCCACAAGGUGUGACUGGCAGCAGGGGUGAAAAUGGACUUCCUGGAGCAAGGGGACCAAUGGGGCCAGCAGGACCAACUGGAGCCCCAGGAGCCAAAGGUAAUCCUGGUCUCUCUGGACCCCCUGGUCCAGCAGGACUUGUAACCAAAGGGCUUUCUGGGCCACAGGGUUCUCCAGGCAUCCCUGGUUCAAGAGGUCAGGAUGGUCGCCCAGGUCCAGCUGGACCCCCUGGCCCACCUGGUCCACCAGGUGAGAUUGUUUACUAUAAUGAGAAGAGCAUGCCCAUCAAAUCUGAGGUAAUCCCUGUGAGACAGGAGCUGAUGAAGCCACCUAUGUCAGCCUUUACAGCUCUUCUCACCAGAGCUUACCCUAAUGCAGGAACACCAAUCGUGUUCAACCAGAUUGUGUACAAUGGAGAGAACCACUAUGACCCCAGCUCUGGGGUGUUUACUUGUCAGCUUCCUGGAUUUUAUUACUUUGCUUUCCACAUGCACGUCAAUGGGGCUAACGCUCUGGUUGCACUUUACAAAAACAAUGAGCCAGUUGUGUUCUCAUAUGAUGAGUAUAAUAAAGGCUUUCUGGAUCAGAUGUCAGGUAGUACUGUGCUCAUGCUGCACGAGGGCGAUACCGUCUAUGUCCAGGUUCCAGAUGACCAGUCAAAUGGCAUCUACGCUGAUGAUAACAUUCACUGUUCUUUCUCUGGUUUCUUGAUCGCUUCAACGUGAUUGUGUUUCCAAAUAAAUAAAACCUCAACAAUUUAAAGUUAACUUUUGGUUUUCCUUAAAAGUGCGCUUUACUUUCUUUCAAUAUUUAGUAAUAAAUGUAUUUUGUCAAAGAAAUGUCUGUCCAUGUGAAAGAAAACCAUUCUUAAAAAGAAAACAACACUGAAUUCACAUUCUACUCAUCAUUACAGGAACACGGUGCUCUUGCUUUUAAACACCUCACAACACCAUUGCUUAUGUGCUUGUCUUCAGAACGUAUUUUUGUUUGUUUUUUAUGAAAACACCUAAUUCCAUGUAUACCCUGUACACCACAUAUAAAAUAUACUGAAAGAAAAACUAUGCAUUUAUUUGCCACAACAAUAAUGCACGAGGUGUCUUAUGUACAUCAUUGUGAUCAACCAACAAUAAAAAAUGAAUGUGA